AUGGACAAAUCUGAGGCCAAAAUGGCUUCUGCUACACCUCACUCAGACGACAGUGCCAUGGUCCCUACGGAUCCACCGGAAACUCCAGAGGUUCUUAGCAAUGUUCAGUUAAGCCUUGUUAUUUUAGGACUCUGGCUCUCACUCUUCUUAUGUUCCCUUGAAACGACAAUUGUCAGCACUUCUCUUAUACACAUAGCAAAUGACCUUCAAGAUUUGAGCAACGCUGGCUGGAUUGUUGUUGCAUAUCUUCUAACAUUCAAUGCUUUCAUACUCAUAUGGUCCAAACUGAGCGACACAUUUGGUACCAAAUGGCUUCUCCUGACCGCCAACGUCAUCUUUUGCAUAUUUUCCAUCGCCUGUGCUGUCUCUAAGACGAUGGUUCAGUUGAUCAUCUUCAGAGCGUUUCAGGGAGUAGGCGGUUCGGGCAUGUAUUCCCUCACGUUUGUCAUUCUAGCGCAGGUAGUGCCGAUGGACAAGCUUGGAAUAUGUACAGGUAUCCUCAGUUCCGUCUUUGCACUGGCCAGCUUGCUUGGUCCCAUUCUUGGGGGUGUGAUAUCCGACCGAAGCACAUGGCGUUGGAUAUUCUGGCUCAAUGUCCCGGGAAUCGCCGUCGCAUUUACCAUCAUUGCCAGAUUCAUGAGAGGAGGAAAGUCUGGCCAGCAAGUCCUAAAGUCGAUGAAGACCAUGGACAUUAUUGGUGCUUUUCUGUCCCUCGCUUGGGCCAUCCUUCUCAUCUUCGCGCUUCAAGAAGGAGGGAAAGAGUAUGACUGGAAUAGUGGUGUUAUUAUCGGGACCUUAGUCAGCGGCGUUUUCAUGCUCAUUGUGUUUGGAACGUGGGAGUGGUGGGUCUAUCGCCACUCUAGCACCGACGGCUUGUUUCCCGUUGGUCUCCUAAAGAGAUCGGUAGUUAUCUUGUUGUUUGUGAACCUUCUCUUACUUGGCUUCACCUUCUACGUCCCGGUCAUUCAGAUCCCACAGCGGUUCCAAUACGUGAACGGUCAAACAGCAACGAGGGCUGGUAUUCUCCUUCUUCCCCUGACGCUAGUAUCCCCUACAACUGCACUAGUUGCUGGCUCACUGGUUGGGAAGAACCGCUACUGGGCACCAGGUUUGACCAUUCUGGGAGGCUGUUUGAAUCUUAUUGGAAUCACCCUGAUGAGUACCCUCCCAGUCGACAGUGACGUUCCAGGAGCUCAAUUUGGCUAUCAAGUGAUAAUUGGCAUGAGUCUCGGCCUCAUGACACCCACCCUUCUAUAUCUGCUAAAGGUAGAGGUGCCCGAGAAAGAUAUGGCUGGUGCCAUGGGUGUUGGUAACAUGGGUCGAACUCUAGGGGGCUGCAUCGGGUUGGCGAUAUGCGGGUCAUUGUUACAAUCCGAACUGAACAAAGAGCUUCCGAAAUUUCUGAGUCCGCAGCAGAUCCAAGCCAUUUCUGCAUCUUCGGGUUCUGCAGCUCAGGUUCUGACCGUCGAUCAACUGGCUAGAGUUGGACGGGUGUACGGCGACGGGUUCAAUUUGGAAUUUAAGGGGUUAAUUGCAUUUGCUGGGCUUAGCGUCAUCACAUCAGUUUUGCUUUGGUUCUCUCAUAUGCGGUCGUCAAAGAAGAGGGAGAGUCUUGGGGAACAAGCGAUGUUUACAGAGAUGACGGAAUCAUAG